CCCGCCGUCCCGGCCCCAACCCCGCCCAAGAUGUCCCAGGAUCUAGCAAAACAGUUGGCUAGCUACAAAGCCCAACUCCAGCAAGUAGAAGCUGCUCUGUCUGGAAACGGAGAAAAUGAAGAUCUGUCGAAAUUGAAGAAGGACUUGCAAGAAGUUAUAGAAUUGACCAAAGACCUUCUGUCAACUCAGCCUUCGGAAACUCUUGCAAGUUCAGACAGUUUUGCUCCUACUCGGCCUACUCAUUCAUGGAGAGUAGGGGACAAGUGUAUGGCAAUCUGGAGUGAAGGGGGACAGUGUUACGAAGCAGAGAUCGAGGAGAUAGAUGAAGAAAAUGGCACCUCUGCAAUCACCUUUGCUGGUUAUGGCAAUGCCGAAGUGACUCCGUUGUUGAACCUCAAACCCGUAGAAGAAGGAAGGAAGGCCAAAGAGGACAGUGGCAACAAACCUAUGUCAAAAAAAGAAAUGAUUGCCCAGCAACGUGAAUACAAAAAGAAAAAAGCUUUGAAAAAAGCACAGAGAAUAAAAGAACUGGAGCGGGAAAGAGAGGACCAGAAGGUGAAAUGGCAGCAGUUCAACAACAGGGCUUAUUCUAAAAACAAAAAAGGCCAGGUAAAGAGGAGUAUUUUUGCUUCGCCAGAAAGUGUAACAGGCAAAGUUGGAGUAGGAACUUGCGGAAUUGCUGACAAGCCUAUGACACAGUAUCAAGACACAUCUAAAUACAAUGUCAGGCAUUUGAUGCCUCAAUAAUGAGAAAAACUGUUGGAUUUCAUCUCUGCAGGGCUUUACAUUUACCUUUUUAUUCUUAUAUUUUU